CUUGUGCGCGCCCUUUGAGAAGGCUUCUAUUUUUAGAGAUUCAACGCUAUGUCCCACUCUUACCUAAAAUUCAAGUUUCCCUUUUGGAUCAGUUCCCUUUCUACUUCCUGCCGGGAAACGUUAUUUCUUUAGUGUCGGUUUGCAAAGAUCCUUCCCUUAAUUGAGUACAGUCUUUUAAAUCUCACUGCGACCUGCCCUUCGAGGAGGCAUGUAUUUUUAGAUACUCCAAAAGGAAAAAAUGGAAAAUGGAUAGCGAACAACAUCAUUAUGAGCUGCGCAGUAGAAGCAGGUCGCGUUCGCAGACUCCUAGAAUGCUGAAUAGAAGUGUUACUGAGACUGAAUCCUCAGAACAUCAUUAUGAUUUGAGGAGUAGAAGUCGCGAACGAUCACAUACACCUGGUGAGGUGACCAGCACUAGAAGAUCUGGCUCUAGAUCACUACCCAGCAGUGCAGGUAAGUCACGUGACAAAAGCAUGGAAACUAUCUCAGAAAAGAAGGAGGAAGUUCAUGUUGAAGACACAACCGAUACUCAGAGUAGGAAGAGUGAAGGCUCAACCUCCAGUGUUACGAAGAAAGCAGAACGACGUUCAGAAAGACAGCGGGCAAAGAAACAAAUCUUUGUCAAUGGGCAAGGUGAUUCCAAGAACGACUCCUUGGAUGAUAAGGUUGAACGGAAGAGAAAGAGUAUAACACCAAGGAGGAUACUCACUAGUGACUACUCUUCAGAAGAAGGAGAACGCGAGGAUCCUCCAAGUAGACCAGGAUCAGCUUAUGAAAUUUAUAAACAAGCUGGGGAAUGGUGGAAUGUCUUCCCAAAAACAGACUAUACCUACUCGCAGAAAUCAACUUGCCGGUAUGAAAUAGCACCAGGCGUCCUGGCGAUGCCGAAUAUGUCACGGCGUUCCAUCCACUCAGAUAGCAACAGUACAACAGGUAGUAUACCUUCAGUCAGCCAGCAAAACAUAAGUCAGACAUCACAUGGGACAUCAGAAAAUUAUAUGGGAGAUACAGUGGAUACUAUGGAUAGUAUGGAGUCAGCGGAGGCACGUGAGCAGCAUAAUCUUAUGUCGGGUGACAGUGAUUUACUACGCUUUCCACGUAGUCGACAUCCAGACUCUGUUGCACGUGGAAUGAUCUACAAGACUAUGCACGUGGAACACUACAAGAGUCAUCGUGAAAUUCUUUAUUCAGAUUCUGGUAAUUUGCCAGAACUUGAACCUGAGAGUAAAAGGUACAGCAGCACUACAGAUGGACCAUCCAGGUCGUUCGCCACACGCAGAUAUGGCAGAUUCACUCAAUUGGAUUCUGACACAGAACUUGAUGAUGCUGUGACAGUUUCAUCUUAUGGACGUAGAGAGAAAUGGAGAAGAUGGUAUGAGAGCGUUACUACCGUUGUGAUUACCUGGUGGACCAGGUUGAUGGAGACUAUUGGAAUCCGACAAGGAAGAGGAAGAUACUAUCCUAGUUAUGACUAUCGACGGCAUCAAGAAUCAAAAUGGAGCAAAGCGUGGAGGAUGGUUGACAGAGUCCUACAAUCCCUGUAUCUGUUGCUCGUGAGGGUCCUGUUCCUGGAUUCCUGGCUACUAAGCAGAGCAUCCAAUACAAGAGAACGGCUAGGUGAUCAGCGUCGCAAAAUCCUCUGGUUAAUUCUGUUGCCGCCACUUCUAUUAGCUGCAUGGUGGUUCUUGCCUUUUAUCAUUACAAUACCCUUACAAUUUAUUGCUGGACUGGUGCAACAAAUAACAGAGUCAUCGGUGGCAACAUUUAAGGAGACAAAAAAGACUCUCACAGCUACUGAUCCUACAACUGUAAUUCCUGAGGUUAUCGCACAAGUCAAUCAAACUUCCGAAGUUUAUUCAACCAAGGAAAUUGACGAACUCAAACUGCGAAUUGAACGAUUGGAAAAUGAUGAUCCCAAGUGGAUGAAUAAGUGGACAAUAUUGGAAAGAAAUAUUGGCGAGAGAGAUGACGCCGUACAGAAUCAAAUUAAAGCACUCAGGCUUGAAUUGCAAACAUUGAAAGAGCUCCAGUCGACAUUUUUGAAUGAUGAAAAGAUGGAAAAGCAUAUCACGCGAAUUAUCAAUGAACACUUUAAUGCAGAAACAUUUAAACAGAAUAUAACAGCAAUAUUUGAGACGCUUAUUAUAGCCAAUCAAAUUGUCAAAGGCGACAAGAAGAGAGAAGCAGAAACCAAAAUACAGUCAUUGACUACAGACCCUGACAGUCACUAUUCUAAUUACGAAAAUUCAAAGCGUUCAGGUUUAUGGACGGAGGAGGACAUAAAAAAGAUAAUGAAAGAAAUGAUAAAAAUAUAUGAUGCUGAUAAAACUGGCAAGAUCGAUCACGCACUAGAGUCCGCAGGCGGACAAAUAAUUAGUACGCGGUGCACUCAACCAUACAAGGUGCAGGUUGCUUUUAAAUUCCUUGGAUUCACAUGGCAUUCAGUGCAUAACGAUCCACGCACAGUAAUACAGAGAAACCCUGUGCAACCUGGUGCAUGUUGGGCCUUCCAGGAUUUCCCAGGAUACUUGCUGAUAAAACUACGCGGAUCAAUUUUCAUUACCGGUUUCACUAUGGAGCACGCGUCUAGGUGGAUCUUGCCAAACGGAGAGAUGAGAAGUGCACCACGUAAAUUCGACGUUUGGGGACUUGAAAAUGAGAACGACGCAGAGCCUGUUCGCUUUGGGGAUUAUGAAUUCCUUGAUUCGGACGACAAUCUACAGUACUUCCCAGUACAGAACACGAGCAUCGUUAAACCGUACGAGUAUGUGGAGCUAAAAAUCCAUAGCAAUCACGGGCAACUAGAGUACACGUGUUUGUACAGGUUUCGAGUACACGGCGUGUCAGUUUGAACCACUUUUAACAAGAUUAUAAAAUGCUCCAAUCGGAUUGUCACUCUCGAUCGGCGGAUCGUCGUUUAAAAGGGAAAAGUUAUUUUCAGUCAUGCAGCAGGACAUUACCUAGUCUUAAGUAACGUUCGUUAGAAUCGAGCCAUUACUGUGUCAUAGAGUGUUAACUGCAUUUGAGGAGUGAGUACCGAGCAACUUCUGUUACACAGUGCACUUUAAAGACAUAAUUUGAUUUAUCUGGAUUGGAUCAGAUGAUUUGUCCUUAACUGGCAAGAUUAUUUGCAUUCAAAUGUGCCGCCAUUGCGAACGUUACCAUAGCGCAUGUCAGUUCAUGCACCUAUACUCUGUGUGUCUUUUUUUCUUUAUUCUAUUAUUUGCUUUAUUCUCCUUCUAUUUUCUUGUUCACUUUUGUUCGUAAAACUAUGUUUAAACUGUAUUGACACUUUAUAUGUGAGCCUGAUUAAUAAUGUAGGGUUCGAUAAGGGCCAAAAAUUAGGACUAGGAUCAUCCUCAACGAGAUGAAUAAUAUAUAAAAUAGGUUUCACUUGUGGUAGAGAGAGUUAAGUUUCUGUUGAUCGAGUUUUUCUUUUUCUUUGUUCUUGAAGUUUAUAUUUCUCGUUUACCUCUCUUUUUUCUCUGUGUUCCUGUUACACGUGAAACUAAGGUAGCAUUCGAAACUGAGAAGUCGUAUUUCGAAAGCCUUCUGAGGAACCCUUACAAAGGCUAAAUUUUUAAAUCCCUUCAAUUAGAUUAAGGAUACUUAUGAGAAAGGAUGCCUAUGGGCGUAUAUAUUUAUUUUAUGCAAACGCAACACACUUUUUAUACGGUUAUAAAUACGAAUUGUAAUUUCUAAUUGUUUCUCCUCAUCGUCAGUGUCUUGUUCAUUAAUUAUUAAUUCUUGCUCAUUGAUUCAUUCACACAUCUUUUUGUCAAUGAAAAUGUACAAAUAACAAUGUGUCACAAUAAGUGUGUGAGUGAUGAGGGGGGAAAUAAGUAAAAAUGGAAAAGUAUUUUUUUACAUAAAUAUUACUGACAAUGUCAAUGAAUGUAACGGAAGCUUUUAGAUGUUGGGACUGUGUAAAGUUAUCCCCUCAAGCAAAAUUUUGGAGCAAUUAAAUCAGUAACAAUCUAUGCAUAAUAAUAGUAAUGACACACGGCACAGCAACAAUAAUGAUUUAAUGAUACCAACACGACAGUACAAAUUGUAAAGAACCUUUACUACACCCUAGAAUAAGUAUAUAAUCGUGGUGGUACCACUACCAUGUGAUUGGCUAAGAGAAACAAUGCACGCUUUUGUAAAGGCUCGAAAGAACUUAUAAUAAUACAUGUAACUAAUGUAUAUCAUAUGUAAGAAUACUUGAACAGCAUAUUCAACACUUAAUUCUUAUGCGAUAACUACUUCUGUGACCAUACUGGGACUCCGAUAUAUUCUCUGUGAGAAAUGCCUAGUCCCUGUUCGCAUUGAAAAAAUGAAAAUAGGAAAGACCUAAUAUCAUAAGCGGUCCUAAUGUGUUUCUAUAAUAUUUUUCAUAUAGCUGUUGGUUUUGUAAACAUAAAAAAUUCUUCGAUAAUUACAUACACAUGAUAAUGACCA